GAACACACCUAUUGUUUCUCGCACCACGUGCUGAGAGCACCGGCAAUUGCCCCAGUGCAUGCUGGUUAUUUUGGUCAUAACCUACAACCGAAAACAUUUACAGCUUUCUGGCUUUAUACGCGUAUUGACACGUUCUGGGAAGAUUUAGAUUUUAAAAAUAAGAAUAAAAACACCUUUAUAAAUGUGGUAGUGAGGCGAUGAACAGGAGUUUAUGAAGAGCCGUUCUUCUCCAUUCGUCCAUACAGCUUAGCAAGAGAGCUGAAGAUUUAGCUUACUGUUCGUUUUUAGAAUCAAGAUUAAGCCAUUUUGUCCUGUGCUGGUUAGUUUACAAAUAAAUAAGCAAACCACGAAGAAUUUAUACCAAGUCAAAACUUUUUUUUUAUUUUUGUUUUUUUAAAACUUUUUCUUUAAAAAAAAAUUAAAGCCACUUGGACUUACACAAGGCUGUCUGGAUACAUCUGGAGGACGCAGCUCUGUUUAAAAUAACUGAGAUAUGUCAUAGAAAAGGCACUUUUAACAGGGUCUUGGCCUUGUUCGGUUAAAAUGGAAGCAUGUGUGAGAUUUUUAUAUCGAGAGGGUCCGCGGAUAGUCUCUACAAGAUGUUGGACUCGUGGGAUAUUGAAGGGGUCGAGAUCACCUCUGGGGCGUCCUCCCAGUGCUCAUCGUUCAGCAGCUGUGUGGACAUACAGACAUGUUCCUCCAGACACAACACGCCUCACAUGCACACCCAGUCACAGCACCCUCCUCUGUCGUGGCAGUGUUACAGACUCUUCACAUGCAGCUCUGUCCAGUGUGGCUCCUGUCUUCAUCGUGAUGAAAUUCGAUCCUGAGGGGAAUGUCACGUCAUUUGCUUUUUUUUUUUCAGAGAAAAAGAAAACAGAGCUUUAUCAGGAACUUGGGUUGCAGGCAAGAGACCUGAGAUUCCAACACCUCACCAGCAUCACAUCACGAAAUAAAGCAAUCAUCAUACGCAUGGAGUCCCUAAAAGCAGUAGUAACUCCAGAAUGCCUGCUGGUGUUGGAUUUCCGUGGGCUUGGUUUGGAGAAGUGGCUGGUUUUGGAGCUGGGGCCACAGUUAGCAGGAGAUGGUGCUCUGGCCACCUAUUCACUACCUUUCGAGUUUAGAGCCUUGGAGGCCAUUCUACAGCACAGGAUAAACACCCUCCAGGCAAGGCUAAAUGAGGUUCAGCCCCAGAUUUUAGAUUGCCUCGAAUCAUUAGUGGAUCCCAAGCUUCUGUCUGCAGAUCGUAGUAAACUACACAUGCUUCUCCUCAACAGUAAGAGUCUCUCUGAACUGGAGACUGACAUUAAAGUAUUUAAGGAUAGCCUGCUGAAGAUUCUGGAUGAGGACGAGCUGAUCGAGGAACUGUGUCUCACCAAAUGGACUGACCCCCGUGUGUUUGAGGAGAGUAGUUUGGGGAUAGAUCAUGCUCACGAGAUGGAGUUACUCUUGGAGAACUAUUUCAUGCAGGCAGAGGAGCUGGGAAACAAAGCUCGAGAGCUGAAGGGGCUAAUCGAUGACUCGGAGAGUGUCAUCUUCAUCAACCUGGACAGUCAUCGAAAUGUGAUGAUGCGCCUGAACCUCCAGCUUACCAUGGGAACCUUCUCCCUUUCCUUAUUUGGUUUGAUGGGAGUGGCCUUUGGCAUGAAUCUGAUGUCUUCAUUUGAAGAGGAUCCACGUGCAUUCUGGUUAGUGACAGGAGUCAUGUUCUUAGGCAGUGGACUCAUCUGGAGGCGACUGCUUUCUUUCCUGGGACGACACUUAGAGCCCAGCUCUCCUCCUCCAAUCCCACCUGUUUGGAGGAAAAGCCAACUCAGCACAUUAAAAGGCACAGAUCUAAAACCUGGAGUUAGAUGAUAGUGUGACCCCAUGUUGUUCCGUCUGUUUUUCUGUGUGCAGUAAAUCUAUUCUAAACUGAUAUAUUGUGCUUUUAAUUGUAGUAAAUACUUAAAAAGCAACCGGCAAUAGAACUGACAUAUUUUCCUCUUCGUGUCUAUUACAACAUCUUAAGCAUUGAAGACAGAAAUCAAUCUGAUUUUUACCCACUAUAUUUGUAACCAGGGAUUUUAACUUUUUCAGUUUACUUGUUGGUAAGUCACUGAUUGAUGUGAUGUUAUGAACACACCUCUUGUUGGUUUUAAGCUGUUAAUCUUAAUUAGGUUAGCCCUUAAAUACCUAUGUGACGGGUUCCAUAUACUUUAAAUAAUCGAUCACCCAUACUGAUGGGUACAUAACUUAAAAUAAAGAGCUUCAAUAUAAGUUACUUC